AUGGCAGUAAAUAGUGACAGUAAACAAACGACUAGUGGAGAUGUGCCUGCUGCACAAGUGCCUUCACAGACUCCUGUUUUUCAAGUGCCUCCACCUGCAGACCAUGCAGAAAGACCUAAGAAGUUCGAUGGAAAAAAUUUUAAGAGGUGGGAACAGAAAAUGCUGUUCUACUUGACUAUUCUGGGCCUUGCGAGGUUUCUAAUUAAGGACGAACCACCAAGUGAUGAAAAGAGUGACAAAGAAACUCUGAUGGCGGUGGAUGCGUGGAAGAAUUCUGAUUAUUUAUGUCGGAAUUGUAUCCGGAGUAGCCUAUCUGAUGCCUUGUAUGGAGUGUAUUGUGGCACGAAAUCAACAAAGAGCUAUGGAAAACUCUGGACAGGAAAUACAAGACUGAGAAUGCAGGGUCCGGAAAGGAUGUUCAUUAAUGAAGCCUUUCAAGUUGUUGUAAUGAUUGAGAAAUUGCCUCCUAGUUUGGGAGACUUCAUAAAUUAUCUUAAGCACAAAAGAAAGGAAAUGGACAUGAAGGCUCUUAUUGGAAAGCUUCGAAUAGAAGAUGACAAUAGGAGGUUUGAUAGAAGAUCCAUGAAGGCUGGAAUAAAUGCUAAUGUUGUAGAGCAUGGUAGUAGCUCCAAGAACCAAAAAAAACCUGGAAAGAGUUCCAAGUUAGGGCCUAAAAGAGGUAUCUUCAAGAAGGCCAAGUUCCAAGGAAAAUGUUUCAAUUGUGACAAGAUGGAUCACAGAGCGGCGGAUUGUAGACUGCCGAAGAGAAAGAGGAACAUAGAGACAACGAUGAUGGAGCACAUCACAAGAGAGGUUGAUGAAAUUGACUUAAACGCUGUUGUGUCUGAGGUGAAUCUAGUGGGUUCUAACCCAAAAGAGUGGUGA